AUGAGCUCAGCUGAGUUCCCCACAGGCAACAAGGUAUAUCAGCCACAUACAUUGAGACCUAUCUCCAGUAACGACAAGAGUGUCACAUCACCAGAAAUGACAACAACCAGGGAAGACCCUCAAUCUCAGUAUCCCAGCAUCGCCGGAGACGAGGCCAAUUCGUCCGAAGUCAAAUCAGCCUUAGUCAAGGAAGAAGCAAGUGUGGAGAAAGCAGGAUUAACAUCAAGCUCUCGAGAGAGUGAUGCUCCGGAGCCAGGGUCAACGAGAAGAUUUGUCCAAUACUUCUCAAAAUGGAAGAUAUUCAUGCAGAUUUUCAUAUGGCUCUUGUUCACUGGAUGGUGGAUCGCAGGAUUGGUACUGCAUCGUUAUGACUAUGGCUGGCUCAUCCCGUUCCUUCUCUAUCUCUGCAUCACACUGCGGAUCAUCUUCAACUUUGUCUCCAUCAGCCACAUCAUGCAUCCGGUCCGUUGGACGUACGAUCGAACGGCGAUGCAGGUCUACAACCGCAUACCACCCAGGUAUCGCGUGUGGUCUGCAGCAGUCGUGACCCUUGCAGUUAUAUGUCUUGGUUCUUUCGUGCCAGAAGAGUCCAUUGACAACACCCGGGCCAACCGGGCAGUCUCAAUUUUCGGCCUACUCGUAUUCAUCGCCAUCUUGUGGGCUACCUCGAGGGAUCGCAAGAGGAUACCAUGGCAUACUGUCAUCGGUGGAAUGCUCAUCCAGUUCAUUAUCGCCGUUUUCGUCCUCAAGACCAAAGCCGGUUACGACAUUUUCAACUUCAUCUCCUACCUCGCUCGCGCAUUCCUGGGGUACGCCGAAGAUGGGCUGCGCUUUCUCACCUCUCAGGAUACCGUGGACCUCCACUACUUCAUUACCAAUGUGAUCCCAGCUAUCAUAUUUUUCAUCGCGGUAACACAGUGUCUCUACCACCUAGGAGCUUUACAGUGGCUGGUGGUGAAGUUCGCCCACCUUUUCUUUUGGGCACUGCGGGUCUCCGGAGCGGAAGCAGUGGUCGCGUCAGCGUCGCCGUUUCUUGGUCAAGGCGAGUCAGCUAUCUUGAUCCGACCGUAUAUCCCGUACUUGACGAAAGCUGAAAUUCACCAGAUCAUGUGUUCGGGGUUCGCGACGAUCGCAGGUUCCGUGCUUGUGGCUUAUAUUUCCCUGGGACUCAAUCCACAGGCACUGGUAUCUUCUUGCAUUAUGUCGAUCCCAGCAUCUCUAGCAGUCUCCAAGCUGAGGUAUCCUGAGACGGAAGAGACCUUGACCUCAGGACACGUCAACAUCCCAGAUGAUGAGGAGGAACGUUCGGCGAACGUGCUGCACGCCUUCACCAAGGGUACGUGGCUAGGCAUCAAAAUCUCUGGUGCGAUCGUUGCCGUAUUGCUCUCGAUCAUCGCAUUAGUCGCACUGAUUAAUGGACUGCUCGGCUGGUGGGGACGGUACAUCAAUAUCACCCAAGACAGCGAGCCUUACCUUUCUCUUCAAUUGCUCUUGGGCUAUAUCUGUUACCCAGUGGCUUUCUUGAUCGGCAUUCCUCGACCGGACUUACGCAAAGUUGGCGAACUGAUCGGGACGAAGAUCAUAACCAAUGAGUUUGUGGCCUUCAGUGCUCUGACCACCGAGCCACAAUACAUCUCCAUGAGCCCCCGGUCUCAGCUUAUUGCCACAUACGCACUCUGCGGGUUCGGCAACCUCGGCUCCCUGGGUGUACAAAUAGGAGUUCUCACCCAGCUGGCUCCAUCCAGAGCUGGCGAUGUUGCUCGUGUAGCUUUGUCUGCACUCUUUUGCGGCAUUAUUUCCACGUUGACCUCCGCCUCGAUUGCGGGUAUGCUCGUGACAGAUCAACGUAAUGGCUGA